CUGUCGUCAUCAAGACGCGACCAGAUGGUUGUGUCGCCUACUGUUUGUCAGCGGCUGGAGGUUCCGUUUCCCAGGCGAAAUGGCGGAGCCUGCGGUGCUGGCGUGGGUUCGCGGCCCCGGAACCGGGUGCAAGGCGCUGCCGUGGGCUUCGGCUAGGUGCUCCGUGCGCGAUGUUGUCUACCGACACUGCCAGGAACAGGAAAUCCCUGCGGACUGCUUCUUUGUGAAAUGCAACGGAGUCCUUGUUGCCCCCAGUGACACGGUGCAGCAUGGAGCUGUGUACAGUUUGGAGCCCAGACUUUGUGGGGGGAAAGGAGGUUUUGGGUCUAUGCUUCGAGCACUUGGUGCACAGAUAGAGAAGACAACCAAUCGCGAAGCCUGCCGGGAUCUCAGUGGGAGGAGAUUACGAGAUGUCAAUCAUGAGAAAGCGAUGGCUGAGUGGGUCAAGCAGCAAGCUGAGCGGGAGGCUGAGAAGGAGCAGAAGCGCCUGGAGAGGCUGCAGCGGAAGCUCGCAGAGCCUAAGCACUGCUUCAGCAGCCCCGACUACCAGAGGCAGUGCCAUGAGAUGGCUGAGCGUCUGGAGGACUCUGUCCUCAAAGGUAUGCAGGCUGCCUCCAGCAAGAUGGUGUCAGCAGACAUCAGUGAGACUCGGAAACGGCCUAACAAGUCGAAAGCAGACCACGGAGCUGGUGCAAAGAAAAAGAAGUGUUUCUGGUUGGGCAUGGAAGGACUGGAGGCUUCCGAGGGGUCCAGUGCUGGAAGCUCAGAUGAUGACAGCGACGAAGACUCUGGUACUUCUGGUCUGAACUGCUGUGCUCCAGAACAUGGUAGUGACGAUGUUGAGGUGGCAGCCAGCUGUCCUUGCAGUCCCCAGCGCUCAGGAUUGAGUACACACUCUGAGGCUCCGGAAGAGCUGCAGAAAACCAUGACUGACCCUGGGCAGGACAUUGGGGAAAACACACAAACUGAGUGGGGAGAGACAUCUUCCGGGGAGCACAAUGAAAGGAAGAUGGUCACAGAGACAGAAGAUGGCCCAGCAAAGAAGGAGACAGAGAGUCCCAAACCCACACAAAAGGACCAAGAGACAGGAGUGACUGGUAGAGACAGAACUGCCGUGGCGCUAUCCGGAGAGGAUAGCAAAAGCGUCCCUGUUGCUAACUUGGAGGGAAGCCACUCAGGAGACACAGCUCUCGGUCGGGAAGCUGUGGAUCUGUUUGCAUUCAGCUCUGCAGCAGAGUUGGAGUCACUGGGUUUGGAGAGGCUCAAGUGUGAACUGAUGGCUCUUGGACUGAAGUGUGGGGGCACCCUGCAGGAGCGCGCAGCCAGACUCUUCUCCGUCAGGGGCCUGGCAAAGGAGCACAUUGACCCUGCUUUAUUUGCCAAGCCUUCAAAAGGGAAGAAGAAAUGAAUUUCCUCACAGCUUUCAUGUGUUUGACACUUCCUCUGACAUGAUGUGGACUGUGGCCAAUGUUCCUAUUGAUACUAAAAGUCAUUUUUUUAAUAACUUG